CUAGAUUGGAGCAGAACCUUCUAGACUUCUUGCAAGGCCAUGGAAGACUGGGAGAGUAAGCCUUUUUCAACUUUUACAGGCUCCUCCCCCGACCUCCGGAAACCUGCGGAAGCGCGCAGCUGCGCAGCUGAGGAAAUUUGGUCCUCUCCAGCCGCCGUCGCCAAUAUGGCCGCGCCCAGAGUCCCGACGGGUGAAAGCGGAAGGGGAGCGAGACGCGCCCGCAUGGACCGCAGCGCGGAGUUCAGCCGGUGGAAGGCGCAGCGUCUGAGCAGAGCGGACCUCAGCCGGAAGGGCAGUGUGGACGAGGACGCCGUGGGGGUUGUGCAGCUCCUGAACGCGCGCGACGAGUUCUUCACCACGAGCUCCUGCGCGGGGCGCAUCCUCCUGAUAGAUGGGAGUGCAAAUGGUUUUGAGGUUCAGAAACAAAACUGUUGCUGGCUACUUGUUGUUCACAAACCUUGCCUGAAAGAUGAUGUGCUGGCAGCUCUGAAGAGGGCGAGAGGUGAUGCUGUCCUCAAGUUUGAGCCCUUCGUCCUUCACGUGCAGUGCAGGCAGCUGCAGGAUGCACAGAUUCUGCAUUCGGUGGCAGUCACUUCUGGCUUCAGGAACUCUGGCAUCACAGUGGGAAAACGAGGGAAGAUGAUGCUGGCUGUCCGGAGUACGCAUGGCUUAGAAGUUCCAUUAAGCCAUAAGGGGAAACUGAUGGUGACGGAAGAGUAUGUUGAGUUCCUGUUAAAUAUAGCAAAUCAGAAAAUGGAGGAGAACAAGAGAAGAAUUGGAAGGUUUUACGACUGCCUGCAGCAUGCUAUGGAAAGGGACCCCACUGCCAACCCACAGCACAAGACCAAGGAGAAGAAGAGGCCAUUUUGUACUCACGAGAGAAGGAACCAGGAAAGUCCUAAAGAAAAUGAUAAAGAAUCCGAUCGUGACGAUGACCCGGGAAUUAACGUUACUUUUCCCCCUGAAGACUACUAAGAUUUGGCACAGGCAUGUUUCUAAUGCAUUUUAUAAAGCUGCUCUUUAUAAGAGUAUUUGAGUUUGUUAAGUGUCUAUCAGCCAUUUAGAAAAGCAAGAUUGAAUUUCUCUAUAUUUUAGAGAAAUUUUUGUAAGUGUAAA